UUCGCAAACAGACAGGGCGUUUCGGCGAGUCAUUUGCUGUUCACGAACAAAAUCUAAAGGAUGAGAUGGAAAGGAUUAAUGGCUGGAGGACUGCCUUAAAAGAAGUUACUGCUCUUGCUGGUUUGGAUAUACAAAACUACAGGGAUGAAGCCAGCUUUAUAAGGGAUAUAGUUGAAGAUAUAUCAUCUCAAUUGAGUAACGUGAUGCCGCCAAAAGUUGUAGAGAGUCUUAUAAUUCCAUGGAUACGGAGUGCAUUUGGGGUUGUUCGCGCACUUUUCCUCCUAGUUUUCCUUUUCCUUGUUGUGUUUCCUCUAUUUGGUUACUUUUUCUUCAACGUUGUAGUACCUGUAAUUGAGUAUGUCUUGGGUGUGGAUCAAGGGACCCAUUCAUCCUCAUAUUGUGAUAUCACGAUUGAUGGAAAGACUACCAGACAAUAUGGGAGUGAUUGUGGUAAUUUUGGAGGUGUGAUGAAGGCAUUUAAUAAACUGCAUUAAUAAUAAUAUCUUCUACUUAUUUAGGAAGUCGAACAUGCCAGCACACAUACUCUUGGGUAAUUAAUUUGAUUAAUUUAAAGCUUUAGUUUAAUUGUUCUUGUAUAUAGGGACUGCCCCCUGUUUGUGCUUUUGUUACCGCUACUAGUAUAUAUUAUAUUAAUUAAAUUUACUCUUUAAUAUUUUAUUAAUGUUAUGAGAAUAUUUUUUACAAAACUUAAGACCUAAUUAAUUAAGUUAAUAUUUUUUUUUGAAAAUAUAAUGUAUAUGUAUUUAUUUUUCAUGGACAAAUAAUUUCCUUUUCAACUUAGUUAAUUUUUUUCUCUUACAUAAGUUAAAAAUUUUAUAAUUUUGUGUGUUUAAAUUUUGAGAUUUUUUCUAUAUUAAACCAAAAAUGGAUCAAAUUUACAUUUAUGACCCCAAAAAGAGAAAUAAACAAAAAUAGAAACUAAAAGUUGUUAAUUACAAAAAUACCGGUCAAGGAAAACGGAAGCCUCCAUCUUCUUCGUGACCCAGCCGCAUUCUUCUUCGUGACCCAGACGUCUAACCCCAACAACCCAUUCUCAACCAUUUUCCUUCCAAAAUCAGAAAAAUCAGAUUUAAAAAAAUGUAGAUCAUUUGGAAAACAAGUUAAAUCCCGAAAAUCCAAAUACAAAAACGGAAAGAAAAAAAAUCAUUCAACCUCCAUUGCUGUACAAAAAAAAAAACUCAAAAACAACAAUCAGUGAAAAAGGAAAUCGCAUUUAGAGGUGAAUAAUCGAAUAGAAGGAGAUCUGUAAAUCAUUGAAACUCACACAUGGUUGAAUCAGAAAGAGAAUUGAAGGAUACGGAACCAUUACAAAUAUUGGUGCAGAGCAAUGGGUAUUGGGAUGACAACAAAAACUAUGUUGAAUAUGAAUCAAGUGGACAAUUAAUUUCCACCAACUGCACUUUUGAGGAACUAAUGAGAAUAAUGAUGGAAGAACUCCAAUGCAACCCUGAAUCAGCACAACUACAACUGAAAUAUCAACUGAAGGAAGGAGGCCAACCACUACAAAUCAAGGAUGACAAAAGUCUGUUGUUCUACAUAAAGCUAUUAACAAAAGAGGUUGAUUUCACAAGGUACCCAUUGUGUGUGAACAAAACCAACAACACGACACCACCUAACCAAACAAUGGUGUGCAACAAUAUGAUCAUGGAAUCGUAUGACAACAACGCAGCACAGGCAUAUUUGCAGCAACUUGGAAACAACCCGGCAACAACUUCCAAGCAACAAUUAUGUGCACACGAUUGGAUCUGUUGAAGAUGAUACAUUUUUCCUAGAAACAGGGACAGUGACAUCAGAAUCAACCAUACAACAACCAGAAAACAACAGAGAAAAAACUACAGCAGUAGAUGAAUAUUUCGACUUCACCGACUACGCAAAGCUUGUGGCUGCAAAAAUGGUACAGCAACUCGAAAACAACCAGGAAGAAGAAGAGGAAGUCGACAACACAUAAAUGAUUAUCAUCAAUGACAAACGACAUGAAACAAUAGAAAAGGAACAAAUUUACAAGGACAAAGAAACAUUGAUAAGUACACUAUGCUACUUUGCAAUCAAGAAGAUAUUUCAAUACAAAGUAGUGAAAUCUUGCACAAAAGAAUACAACAUAGUGUGUUUGGACACAAACUGCAAAUGGAGUUUAAAGGCUACAAAAAAUGGAAACAUAGAAUCAUUCAUAAUAAGGAGCUACCAAGAAGAACACACAUGUGCGGUUACAAUAAGAUUUGGAGAUCAACGACAAGCUACAGCAAAGUUGAUAGCAGAUUUUGUAAAACCAAAAUUCUUGAACCUGAAAACAAAGUGCAGGCUGGCAGACAUAAAGGCAGAAAUGAAAGACAAAUACGGAAUAAAGAUGAAUUACAUGAAAGCAUGGCGUAGUAAAGAGCGAGCACAAACUCAGCUACAUGGAAAUGCUACAAAAAACAAAUCCAGGAACGAUAAUUGACAUAGAGAAACAAGAUGAUGAUAGUUUCAAAUAUGCAUUUGUUGCAUUGAAUGCUGCUAUAAAAGGUUGGCCAAACUGCAAACCAAUCAUCGUUGUUGACGCUACAUUCCUAAAGGUCGCGUAUGGAGGCACGUUGCUCACUGCCAACACACAAGAUGCAGAAUCAAAAGAUUUUCCGCUUGCAUACUGCAUAGUUGAUUCUGAGAACGAUAAAUCAUGGGAGUGGUUAUUAAAAAAAAUAAAAGAAGCAUUCGGGGUUCGAGAAUAUCAAUGCCUAAUAUCAGACAGACAUGAAAGCACCAUCAAAGCAACUAGGAAAGUGUUCCCUGAAAUAACACAUGGCUACUACAUCUUCCACCUCUUGUCCAACCUCAAAACAAAAUUCAAAAAAAAAAAUGCAAAGCAUUUCAGAGCUCCAUUCUUUGCAGCCGCAAAAGCUUACACAGAAAUGGAGUUUGAAUUCCAUAUGAGGGAGCUAGACAACUUGGAUAAGCGCAUAAGACCGUACCUGGAAAAAAUUGGCCAUGAAAAAUGGUCAAGGUAUCAUUCAAAAAACAACAGGUACUCUACCAUGACAUCAAACAUAGCUGAGGCACUGGACUCGGCAAAUUUAGCAGAAAGGGAAACACCAGUCACAACAUUAAUGGAGUGCUUGAGGGCACAAAUGCAAGAGUGGACAUACAAUAAUAGAAAGGAGGCACAAAAAUGCACAACAAGGCUGACACCAUCAUCUGAGAAAAAACUCAUAGGGAACUAUGUACAGUCAUUGCGACUAACAGUGAAACCAGCAAACCAAAACCUAUUUGAGGUGAUAGAUGAAGACAGAACAAGAAUAGUAAACUUGAAGGACAAGACGUGCACAUGCAACAGAUUUCAAAAAAAUGAAAUGUCAUGUAACCAUCCAGUCGCCGUCAUGAAGGACUUGAACAUAAACACAUACAACUACUGUGCACAAUACUACACAUCAAAAACAUGGCUGCAAACAUAUGAAGAAACAGUAUACCCAGUUGGAAACGUUAGAGAAUGGGAACUACCAGAUUUUUUUAAACACGUCAUAGUGUUGCCUCCAAAAGAAAGCAUCAAGUCUGGAAGGCCGAGGAAAAGAAAAAUGGCAACAGCUUGGGAAACAAAGAAACAAAACAAGUGUGGCAAGUGUGGACAAAAAGGACAUAACAAAAAGACAUGCAGAAGAAUUACAACAUAGAAGUACAAACAACUAUACAUCAACCAAAAAACAACUAUACUGAAACAUUUAGAAAAACAUAUUGAAUAUUACUAUUGGUUGUUACUUUUUUUUUAACUGAAAAUUUUUAUGUGGAGAUAUAUUGAUAAUAGAGAAUUGAUAUUAUUAUCAUUAAUAUACAAAAAACAUCAAAUAUUAUAGUUAAAAAAUUAAAUGAGUGCAAGAAAGUUGAAAUUAAUAUGAACCAACAAAAUUACAUAAAGUGAUUAAAAUGGAAGGUUAGUCGUUUGUAUGAUGGUUGCAAUAAGGCUGUUAAUGAUAUGCUUUCGUGGGUUAAACUGAAUAUAAAAAAUAAAAAUCCAAAACUAGUAACAAAAAUAAAAUCAAUUUCAAUAAAAAAAAAAAUACAUGAUAGAAAUAACAACUUGUCUAUGAUUAUGAACAUAA